AUGCCUGCACGCCGCAAACAGCAGUCCAGCUCUUCCGAAGAGUCCGGUGAAGUGAAACCGAAGAGUAUGGAUCGAGAAAUGGGGCAGAACGGUCCGGGAAAACGCCAAAAGGGCCAAUCAUCCGGGCAAAGUGGAGAGAUGAAAAUGAGACGUCCUCGUCCACCUCCAAGGCGAAGGAAGAAUAAGAACAAGAACAGGAACCAAAUGUCCUCUACGUCUACGACAUCUACCUCCACUACAACGGCUUUACCUACUACCAGUUCUUCUACCAUUGCAUCACCUCGUUCGGUACCGACGACAUCUACCUCCACUACAACGGCUUUACCAACUACCAGCUCCACUACGGCAUCACCUCGAUCGGGAUCGACGACAACUACCUCCACAACAACGGUUUUACCAACUACCAGUGCUUCUACCACGGCAUCACCUUCAUCCACUACAACUCCGUUAACUUCAACCAAUCCGACCGCUACGACUACCGGAUCUAGUGUUACUCCGACCUCGUCGACUACCACUUCGACCGUUUCCAGUACAACGACGAGCGCGACUACUAAACCCGCCACCAGUUCUACGGCGAGUUCUUCCACUACCACCGCACGUCCGUCGCCUCCAACACGUUCGCGGCGUGAUCAAUAG